AUGUCAGGAAAAAUAACUGCAAUUAAGACUGCCGGCUCCAUUGAUUCUGUGCUGAUGGCUUUGACAAAAAAUCCAUUGGUCAUUUUGGGGUACAAUGGCUCUCUACCGACCGGAGACCGCGGGCGCAGAAAGAGCCGCUUCGCUCUGUACCGAAGGGCCAAGGCCAACGGUGUCAAACCCAGCGCUGUGCACAUCCUCAACACCCCACAGGACACAAAGGCGGUCCACAGCAGGGGGCAGCACAGCAUCUCUUUCACGCUGUCCCGUAACCAGACAGUGGUGGUGGAGUACUGCCAUGACAACAGCACAGACAUGUUCCAGAUUGGACGCUCCACAGAAAGUCCCAUUGACUUUGUGGUGACAGACACCUCGGGAGGGGGGAAGGAGGGGGAGGACCCCUCCAUCGCUCCCAGCACCAUCUCACGCUUUGCCUGUAGAGUAGUGUGUGAACGCAACCCACCUUACACCGCACGAAUCUACGCCGCCGGCUUCGACUCCUCCAAAAAUAUCUUCUUAGGGGAGAAAGCAACCAAAUGGAAAAACCCUGAUGGGCAUAUGGACGGCCUGACCACCAAUGGGGUGCUGGUGAUGCACCCGGAGGGGUUUCCAGAGGACCCUAAGCAGGGCCUGUGGAGGGAGAUCUCCGUCUGCGGGGAUGUUUAUGCCCUGCGGGAGACACGCUCUGGACCCACCCGGGGAAAACUGGCGGAGGGUGAGAGCAGUGCGCUACGUGACGGUUCUCUGGUGGACCUGUGUGGGGCCACCUUGCUGUGGCGUACAGGUGAGGGGCUCAUGCGGGCCCCCACCCUCCGUCACCUGGAAGCCCUUCGCCAGGAGCUCAAUGCGUCCCGGCCCCAGUGUCCUGUAGGCCUCAGCACACUGGCCUUCCCCAGCCUGCCACGCAGCCACAGCCUUGAAGAGCGUCAGCCCUGGGUCUACCUCACAUGCGGCCACGUCCACGGACGCCACGACUGGGGCCAGAGACCCGAGGGGGUGGAGAUGCCGGGGGAGGGCGAGGUAUCCACCACCAGGCGGGAGUGUCCCCUGUGCCGGACGGUGGGCCCCUACGUGGCCCUGUGGCUGGGCUGUGAGCCCGCCGUCUACGUGGACGCUGGAGCUCCCACUCACGCUUUUGUGCCGUGCGGCCACGUCUGCUCGGAGAGGACAGCCAGGUACUGGGCCGAGACCCCGCUCCCCCACGGGACGCACGCCUUCAGACCCGUCUGCCCCUUCUGCUCCAGCGCACUCAGCACGCCCGGCUGGACGCGGCUCAUCUUCCAGGGCCCCAUCGAUUAGCCGCCAAUCUUUGGCAAACCACUAACACAGUAACACAAAGAUGCCUGAGCUUCAUUCAUGUUUCAAACGUGGGUCAGUGUUCAGUGGGGAUAGGGAGUGGAUCAGGAGUGCUGUUCUUUUCAACAGCAGAUCUGCUUCUGGGUGGAUCACUGACACUGUCCAGCUUUGUUACCGAAUGCAGCUCAAAGCUAAAUCCCUCCCCUUGUUCAUCCUUUAAUGCUUCUUGAUUGGUGUAAGAUCUUGAGAGUAGGUUGUUAAAACACAUGAUGGAGUGAUCGAUAGGGUCACAUGGACAGUGUUUACUCUUUCAGGGAAGCUGCUUUUCCUUCCAACCAAACACUACACUGCUUAGCUAACAGCAACAAGAGAGGAUUCUCAUAACUAAAACUGUAGCUUAAACGAUGCUGCUCUAACCCAUUUUAAAUUAAUUCAACUCAUGAUGAAAUGACCCACUAAUUUUCCACUUUGUCACCCGAAACAAACAGAUCUAAACCCUUUUAUUUGACUGUUUCAGAAGCCAUGUGUGAAAUGACAUGUAGCUUUUUGCACAGAAAUAGGGAAUGGCCUUUUUUACUCAGUUGAUCUGCUGUCUUGCACGUCUGCAGCGCCUGUGUGUCCUUAACUCGGUGAAACCCCACCUCUUGCACUUCUUCUCGGCCUGACCUCGGACCACUUUUAUCAUCCCUAACACAAUACUGUAAUGCUGCAACUCAUAAAACAGUUUUCAUCUGUUCUCAUCAAAAACUCCUUAUUUUAUAAUAUCAUAUUAUAUCUGAUUCCCCUGUCCCCUGAACAUCUUGCUGAUUCGUCUGAAUCCUGAGCGGGACAUAUUAACUGCUAAUUGUGAAUAUGGGAGGUGAAAUCAGAGUCUUUUAAUCAUAAUUUUACGUUUUUAGUGAUUAAUACAGGGAAUUAUUAAUCAUUGUUAAAGUGAGUGUAUGCAGUUUUUCCUCUUUAUUCCUCAUGCAUCUUUUUAGUGUUAAAUAUAUGCAGUGAGACCCCGUGUGUAGUACAAAGUUGGAAUGAAAGCCUGCAGACUUCUCUGAAGGGAACACUGCGCCGUAUGAUCGCACCACUACCAGUUCUCCUCUUAAGGCCAGAUCUAUUCCGAUAAUCAAGCAGAGCGAGGAUAAGCACCGGGCUCGGAUUGAAACCGGGUAAAAAGAAAUCCACUCCAUAACUCUCUACAGCAAUAAUAGCACUCCCAUAGAUAAGCUAGAUGUUGUGCUAUGUUUAGCCAAGUGUGAGGUCGGUGGUCACUCUUGAACGUGGCUGAAACGUUUUCCAGGUUAAGGGCUCAACCAGAGAUGUGUUCAAUAUCACAAAUUGUUUUAUUUCCAAAUGUAGUGUGUGUGUGAUGUAACCAAAGCGCUAGAAUUGAAAGAUGAGAAACAGAAUCAGUGAUUAAACAAUUAUUUUAAUGUUUAAAGUAUGUUUUUAGGCUGCAGAAGUCAUCAAAGAGCGUCUUUGUGAUGAUUUGAACACACUUCUGGUUACUGAAUUAUGCGUAAACAGGGUCCAUGUUAGUACGGUGGAGUGUCAAAAAGUUUGACCUGCAUAACCUCAAAAGACAACCUUUUGUUUUGUUUUGAAGAAAAACUAUUUUGUUAGGAAAUGGGGAGGGAUUUAUUUGGGGAAGCGGGAGGGGAUUAUUUUAGAUGUUCAGUGUUAAAAAACAACAACUAUUUUUCUAACUGAUUAUGGGUUAUAGUUAACCGUUGUUACUCAGUGUAAGCAAGUUCCGUAUGUUUCUGAAAUAUUAUCGUGUGGUAGUUCUAGGAGAGCUUGUGAGUGAGAAAAACAUUGCCAACACUGUGUCCAACAAACACACACUUAUAUACACACCGCUACCGUAAAAAAACAUUGCCCAGACAAUGAAUGUAGCCAAAUACUCAGGCUAUAUUUAGCCUUCCCUGGUGCUCAUAUUGAAUGGUCUAUAUUGUGAUACUAUUUUUGUAACUGAUUAUUAUGGUGUAGCUUUGGUGGAUUAGCUCAAGAGAGAAAAAAAAAAGUCAGAUCAUUUCAAUAAUAGCCUCAAGUGUGGAAGACGUAUAAUUGAUAAUACACACUCACAUGGAACAUUGUGUAUAGUUUGCAUGUGCUGAACGUACACACACAGUAUGAACACUACACGUACACUUUGAAAAACUUUGCACGGUUGAUCGCCAACCUGUUCUUCAUGCUGAGAGCGUCUGUCGCAGACCAACAUGUCUUCCGAGUCCUCGGCUGUUAAAACCUCAGAAUUUCAGUUCUUUGUUUUGGAAGACCUCUCUAUAAGAAAAGAAGAAAAAAAAAAAGCCUCAUACUUGAUAGAUGUGUGACGUUUGUGAAUGAGACCUAAUCCCACUUUGUACUACUAUGCUAAUAUCUUCCACCAAACAAACUCACUGCGGAAAGAAGUCCGCUCGUUUUAAUCUUGUAUUCACACCCAUCGUGGUAUAUUCAGAGCUAUUCAGAGCCAGAUUUGAUUUUCAAAAUGCCAUGUGAAGUCUCAAUACAAGAUUUAAACUUGCUUUAGUGCGGUGGAUAACUUACGUAGUGUUGAUAAUUACUGUAGCUCAGGAUCAGUGAUUUCAGAUUCAGAGCUGGCGAGGCCUGCUAGAAGACACUUUCAGUCUUUCUCAUAGGAGAGUAACCAUGUAAUGUAAAAUGCCAAAUUGUAGAGGGCGUACUGUGGUGUAGUGCCACAGAUCUAGCAUCAGUCACAUACGGGUCUUUAAAAAACAAAAGAAAGGAGUGGAGGCUAGGAAAACAUCUCCAUCAGCUGCCCUUUACUGAGCACGCCAAAUACAGUGAAUCCUGCUUUUCGAAGAUUAUAUAUAUAAGGAUAAAUGUAACACCAUUGGCAUGUGGAUGGAGAACCGUUGCAGCACCCUCAUUGGCUUCUACUUUAUAAUCUGAUAUAUUUAUUUUAGCUAAUCUCUUUACCUUUGCUUUGUUUUAGUAUUAAUUUGAACCCUCUUAGGGUUAUAGAUGUCAAUAUGCAAUUUCCUCCUAAAUAAUUCUUAGACUUUUAGUAUCGGUGAAUUUCUCAGUAUUUUAGGUUGUUUGAUAUCUCAAGUUACGUCAUUAGCAGUUUUUUACAUUUAAAUUGUCCUUCACACCAGAUGGCAACACCUCAACAUCCUAACUCAUCUUGCUAUAGUUGAGUCAGUAGCUGACACGCAACACACAGCGUAAAAACCUCACCUCUAACAAUGCAUUCCUUUUAAUACAUCCGUGUUAUGUACAGCUAUUUUGUAUUAUUUUAUAUCAUAUUCUCCUGUAAUCGUCCGGUGCACAGACAAUCGCUAUACACAUGUCAAUAAACCUG